AUGUACCGUUUUCAAUCAGUCACUCUUUUUCUCGCCCUCGUUUCAGUGUGUUACUCCCAAACGUCCGAACCAGCACCGUCCGCAGUUCCAAGCGGCACAAGCGCGGACUACAUAAUAUAUGCCAAGGAAGGUACUAACAAGGCCGACGGCGAUGGCUUCGGAAAUACACUCGCAGGCCUUGUAGGUGAAGAAAACAGGGACAUCAUUGCCAAUGACAUUGGCAUCCCCUUCGUCUGGCGCGCAAGCCUCACUCCCGAUCAGCUUGCAACGGUCAAAGGCGACCGCGUUGUCGCCGAGGCCGAUAUCAACAACCCUCUCACCCGCGACGACUGGGAGCCGGAUAGGGCGCAGCCGUCGGCCACCCAGCAAAAGCGUGCCGAGGUCACACAGAUCCCGAUCGCCAAAAAUAACAUCUUCGACCUGCGAACGCUUUCGACGCCGCCGAGAGAAAAGGAGUCGCUCCCUAACUACCGAUAUGAUGAUGUUGCCGGCCAGGGAAUUACCGUGUAUGUCGUCGACACCGGCCCGUUUGACUUGCAACAUGAGGAGCUCCGCUCUUCCGAUGCCAGUAUCACCCGCCGUGAGUUGGACCUCGCCAGAGGGAAGGAAUUGGAUCUUCAAGAUCGCCAGUACGGGACAUGCAUUGCUUCCAAGACUGUCGGUGACACAUCCGGGGCGGCAAAGCGGGCAAGUUUAGUCGGAGUUCGCAUCGACUUCACCGAGUUCGGUCUGCUCCGUGGACUCCAGGCCGCCGCCGACGAGAUCAGAGGGAAGGGACUGCAGGGCAAGGCCGUCAUCUCGGUAUCGAUUCUCACGACUGCGCCCAGCGCUGCCUACACGACCUCAAUGCGAAGCAUCAUCCAAUCUCUGAUCAAGUUGGAUGUUCCUGUCGUGACUGGAGCUGGAAACAAGUUCCAAGAUGGCAUCGAGGAGCCUCACAAGUUGCCGGCAGUUCUGGCGAAGGAGCUGCCCGUCAUCGUGGUCGGUUCAGCCGAUAAGGACUUUGGAAUUUCUGCGUUUAGCCAACGUGGCAACCUCGUAACAACGUAUGCCAUCGGCGCCGAUGUCAUGUGCGCUGAAUCCCUCGAAGCGACCAGUCUCGCGACACACUCGGGCACCUCUUUUGCCACGCCUCAGAUCGCAGGAAUGCUGGCGUAUUGGAUGUCCCAUCCUGACUUUGCCCGUGACUUGUCGGCAGGCUCAAUUGCUGAGAUACUCCGCAACAUGACGGGUGCUCUUUCAUACCCGCGUGUCGCUGAGGCCGGAUACCCUCCCAUCGCCUGGAACGGGUACGACCUCGCCGAAUCGUGUUCCGACUCGGGCAGCGGCAGCACAAACGGAAGGAGAGCCAAGCGAGCCAUGAGGCGCGACCUCAACCAGGCGUGUGCGUAUGCGCCGAAGCCCGUCGCUUCUGCGGCCCCGACGGCGACUGCUGUCAACCCUCCAGUGUCUGCAGCUGAUGGUCCCACAACGACAACAACGUCACUUACAGAAACGGCGACCGCCGCACCGGGAACGUGUAACUUGUGUGGUGCCAUGCUUGAUAGCGAGAACGCUAGCAACCUGGGAGGGCAAGUUGACUGCGACGGUGCCGAAUAUGCGCAGAGUUCGUGCGAGGCCAACCCUGACUGCAAAUAUACCACGACAAAUCUUGCCCUGCGCCUUAAAGAGUUCAUGUUUAAUGGCGCCUUCUUGUAA